GUGAGUUACUCAGAACAGGUUAUGUUAACCGAUAUACAUACUUCUAUUAGACUAAAAAUAAAAAAAUAACUUACUGGGAUUUACUUGAGUGCCGACUGCCCGGAACGAUGCAAGUAUUUGCAUUGGUCUAAAAUGCGGAAACUUUUGAUAGUAUUGAUCGGACUGCAGCUGACUCUUAGUUCGGAGUGCUCAAUAUUACCUCAGCAUAUCAAGAAGUGCCGCUUUGGGAAUACCACUUGUAUUCGGGAUAUUGCAAAUGCGCUGAUACGUAAUUUUCCAAAGGGAAUACCUUCGGUGGGUUUGAAGCCAUUGGAUGUGGUCCAUGUGAAGGAUACGGUGCUCAUUGAUGAUCGGCAAGAGGGUGUACUUUGGUAUUUUUUUCAGCUGCUCAAUCAGAUCAAUUACGGCUUCGAGAAUACAACUAUAAUUGAUAUUAAGGGCUUCGACGAAGAUCCCACAUCAUCGAAAAUAAUAAUCAAAGGACAAAUACCCAGACUAAUAUAUAAAGGCAUAUAUAAAGCCAUGGGCCGAUUGCUUUGGAUGGUGCGAAUCAAUUCAACUGGCGAAUCUGAAUCGGAAUUCCUAAAUUUUCGUUUCGAUUUCACAUUGAAAGUGCAAACGGAAUAUCGUAAUGGUAAGCGAUAUCUGAAGAUCUAUCAACUGGUGCCCAAUGUCUAUGUGGAUCGGUGGAUACAAUGGCUGGAGAACUUUUUUCCCGAAAAUACAGACUUGACCAUUGCCAUGAAUAGAAUUUUCAAUGCGAAUUGGGUGGAGUUUUGGAAUGAACUGGAAAAGCCAAUAUUGGAAGUAUUUACGAGUGUAUUUUUGAGCAUGAUCGAAGAUAUAUUUUAUAAUGUUUCCUACGAUGAUAUGUUUCUAUCGAAUAAUGAAAAUGUGAAUUGAAACUUUACAUCGUUGAUUACUCAGCUAUACCAAAUAUAAACGAUAAAUAGAUUUAAA